UUUACCCUGUUUAGAGGUCUCUCAGCUAAAGACUUCGUAGGAUCUAACGGUGUAGACCUAUCCGAUACACUGUAUCGUGGGUGUAAUGUAAUCCUAAUGCUUAUCCGUUCAAUGGAGGAACCAUUAUUUUUUGCUUGUGGGGAUUUCGUCGACUGGUCUGUCCAAACUGCUUGGGAACAGAAUGACGCCGAGGUGGACAGUGCGUUUGGAGACUGGAGUUCUGCCUGUAAUGGCAACAAGUCGGAUGCAGUUGAAAGAUCUUCAUCUCUGUCUUCACCCAUGGACAUCUCUAAACUCUCAACAAAGCUGGAGAAUGGCAAUGUGAAGAAAUCAUCUGUAGUUUUCCAGGAGUGCUUCCAGGUCUUGGGUGAAUCUAAAGAGACCAACUGUACUGUACGAUCUCUGUCCCAGCUGCUAGAAAACACACAGCCUUUUCAACCAACAGCUACAAUAUGUGACUGUGGCAGCUUGUGGAGCCAUCUGGUGGCUGAGCCCAGCAGGCUGAGGCUGUCGGAGCCAAAGCCCAGCUUACACUGCCACAGCCACAGCAGAAUGGUUUCUGCCCUCAGAAUCACACCCUCAAAUUGCAUCUCUGACCAGUGUGAGUCAGUCUUUUUGGAAGAUCAUGAAGAAACUACAGAGACUUCUUGCCCCCCUGCUGCUGCUCUCAUCAAAACCAAGCUGCUGACGCCCUCCUCCUGCCAUGGUGACACCCCAGCUUUCCUCUACCAAAUCUCCCAGCAGUGGCUGACUCAAUGCAGCAUCCACCUGCAGCCUCAGCACCACAAGAAGCCUCCUGCACUGAACUUUGGAGAAGGAUAAGAUGAAGAUGCUGCUUAGCAUAGCCCUACUGAACUGUUGUAGAUGGGUGAAACGGGUUGGGUUGUUACCCGGGUGAGAACAAAGUAUACACUUUUCGCAAACAUUUUAUUUAUACAGAUUGUAAAGAAAAUACAUUCUAUGAUAUUGUGUAUUUAGUUUGCAGGCGUGUUCCUGGUUUUAUAUAUACUAUUUUGAUACGGAGUGCAGUUACAGUGAUACUAUAAAAUGUUCUUAUAGA